AUGAGAAACUCGGGAUGUGACACGCUCGCCGGUCACCGACUCGAUAUCCCUGGUUCUGGGGCACUACAAAGGGGAAAGCCCAGCACGUUUCUUUCAAGGCCCAAGGCCAACAGAGACCAAGAUGGGAAAGACUGGGUGGAUAUUGAGUUCGAGUCCAUGAACAAGUCUAGCUUUAUCAUUGACGAGUUUCAUCACGACAGACUGGCAGCGUCGCAUUGGAUUCUGUGCAGUUUCGAAAUAUCAAGGCCGUUCACAGCUCCAUGCUCUCACCAUCACCUCAGCACAAACCGCGAAGCAACCCAGCAUCAACAUAUUCCCAAGAACGCCUCAACUGUCGUCAAAUCCCUUUACUACCGUAACAUCUCAAAAGUCAUCCACACCGAGCGACAAUAG